AUGGGCGACAACACGCCGUACGUAACCAUUAGGUCGCGUCGGCCCCACGACGGGAACAGCGUGAGCAGUGCAGACUCGACUGUAGGUGCUAGAGUCACGACGCAACAGUCGCGAAGAGUACACUCACAAGCUGGUAAUGGCCAGUACGGGUCCAGCUCCGGUGAUGCGCCACGGACCGCCACCCAUGACAUUAGCCGCGUGAGCUACCAUGUCAAGCAUCUCAACAGCUUCGCGCAGACCUUGGAAGAUUCUGCCAACCGAGCGUUCCCGAACCGGGGUAAAUCGUCACAGAGAUAUAAGAAAGUGCAGGCUUUGCUGCUUCAUUGGGGCUCGGACGACCUGUUUGUCUUGCCCGAGCUUGAGGAUCUAGAACGAUGCCUCCGCGAGGACUAUGCUUUCAACACAGAGAUAUUCCCUAUUCCCUCUGAGAACUCACAUCUUGAGCUUAUGAUGCAAGUGGGGAAGUUGAUCAAGGAUCAUGAGGCACAGGAUACAUUAUUCUUGGUCUAUUACGGCGGACACGCCAGGAUAGAUGAGUCGAGGCAGAGCACCUGGUGCGCAACACGGCAUCCAGACUCACCAUGGCUACAGUGGUCGGCAAUCCAAACCCUGCUGGAACGUUCGGCUUCUGACGUCCUUAUCCUCCUUGAUUGCUGUGCUGGAGCUGCAAGCGCAACGUUUCCCAACGGCAACAGCAUUACCGAAACCAUCUCCGCCUCUAGUUGGGACGCCAUUGCACCAGAUCCGGGCCGCUACUCCUUCACCAAUGCCCUCAUUGAAGUGCUUCAGGAAUGGAGGCUCCGUACCUUUUCUGCAGCCAUGCUGCACGCCGAGGUCCUCGCCCGUUUAAAGCAUCCUCGUCCCAUUACUAUCAAUGGCAAGCUUUUCGAGGCCAGGUCAACGCCCGUUCAUUUUAUGAUGACUACGAAUCACAAGGCGCCCAGUAUCGAGAUGUCCCGUAUUGUGCCUGCAGAAGCACGACCUCCGUCGCCACCCCAAGAGACAACGGCCAACGAAAGCGACACCACCCCUGAAGAGUUGACUGGCGGGCGGGGGCCAGGAGCACCAGUCUCAGGGGAGCCGAACGAAGACACACCCCAUGUUAUGAUAUCGCUUGCACUGGAGGAUAACCAGCAGCUCGAUCUCAACGCCUGGGAGACUUGGCUAGCGAGCUUUCCGGCUCUGGCCAAGUAUGUCAAAGUCCAGGGGGUCUUCAAGAGUCACUCCACGCUACUUCUCCUCUCGAUGCCAGUAAUGGUAUGGGACUUAUUACCAGAGGAUCAUGCCACCUCCUUCGUGGCUUUCAUCAGGUCGAACAAUUUGAUGAUGCCACAGCACAAGAGGGACGACGUACAGGUUCAAGUCCCAACGAGGGUUUCGCGUGUAGAGCAUGACAGACCACAGCCAGAUUCUGCGUCGAUGAACACCUUCUUUUCGGACACUACUUAUACCUAUGCCCAGACAGAUAACGGCAGCAUGCUGGGCCAACAGCUAGCCAACAUGCGGUCCUAUUCAUUAGGCGAGGGGCAGUCUUCAAGGAGGGACGGCGGCGGUAGGCAAUUGACAACCACGGAAGCAAUCUCACCGUCGUCGUCACCACAGAGAGGUGCGGCGGGGCUGUUAAGAGUGGACAAUUCCGCGACCUCCCCUACGUUACAGCGUCAGCUCUCCUGGUCCUCUCAGGCGUCAUCCGAGGCGGUCAUAUCCAGGACGGUGAUCCCCAACCAGCAGAGGAGUGCUCGAAGGACUGUGUUCCAGAACAUUCCUGAGCCUCCCAAGUUCUCACAGCACGUUGAGACGCUCCUCCAACAGUACUAUGAGCAGGAGCCUUUGCCCAACGACGAUCAGAAGAACUUUGUUGCCUCGAACUUGGGCAUCGAAUUGUGGCACGUCGAGGCCUGGUUCCAUCAUCGGAGGGAAAGAGACGUCGUCUCGCAGCAAUUCCAAAAUCUCAAGAUGGACGAUUUAGCACCCAAAGCGGCCCAAGGAGCCCAAAUGAUCUUGCCUCACCACCUAAACAGGAUUAUUGAGAUACUACCUCCUGGUAGGAUACUACUUAUCGACCUCCGGUCACCGACCGACUUUGAAAGAUCUCACAUUCAUGGCGCAAUCAACCUCCGUGCCCCCCUAAAAUUCAUUCAGGACGCCUCCUUCGAUAUGAUAGAACGUGCCUUCACCGACCAGGAGAGCAGACGAAAAUUCGGAGAGUGGCAAUCGACCAUUUGCAUGGUCGUCUACGCCCGCGCCGUCGACUACUCGUGGGAGUGCCCCAUCGCAGACGUUCUCUACGAGAAAUUCAAGACUUGGGGCUGGACCGGCCGAUGCUUUGUGCUCAAGGGCCACUACAAGGAGUUCAGCGUUUCGUACAGCAGGUCCAUCGCGGGGACCAAGACGGCAAAGACGGAUGAGGCCAGUGCAGUAUCAACCCGCGCGGAAGCGGCAGCGACGCGCCCUGGAGAUGCCCAGAACAAAGCAGCGGAGUUGGUGUCGGAGGAUGACGAUGACGCGGCUAGGCGGCUCCAGUACGAGGAGCUUUUGGUCCUGAUUGACAGCGAGGAAGGACGGGUGAAUCCGUCGACGCCCAACCCGACGGCCAGUUCAGACCGUGCGCGAGCCAUGAGCCAGCAUGAACAAGACCUCGAAGCCGAGUUCCGGCGUCGCGUUCCGGACCUCUACCGCAAGGCCAUGGACGUCCAGGGCGCUUCCUACUCCGCUCCCGAGACGCCGGCUGCCGCCCCUGCUGCGCAUGCCCAGCCAGAUGUGACAGGCCAGUCCGCCACACGAAGUGACAGAACCAGGUGGCCGCGUGGCGAGAGCAGCACAUACUUUCCUUCCGACACGAAAGCGCCGCUGGUAGAGUAUCUCGACCGAGGUCUCUCGCGUAUACGACAAGGGCCCCACACUGGGACGUCUAACGUGGCAGGCAAGAGCACCACGGCCGACACGUCUCCCGGGUUGUCGAAACUUGCCGCCGAGGGCUGUUACUUGGACUCGGGGCCGGCUGCCACGGGUCCUUCAGACGAUUCUUACGUGAAGGUCAAUAGGGGAGAUGCGCAACAGGCACAGGCGAGCGAUCCGGGUCUCGGUGGAAAAGACGGGACGAAGGACCACAACGUCGCCGUUGGGGAUGAAACGCCCAAAAAGGGCCGGGGCGGUUUCCUAAACAAGGUUCUUCGGCGAGCAUGA